UCAUAUGUAUAUAUACACAUAUAUACACAACCAUCGAUUCCUCCGGAAAUCCUUGAAUCAGUUUUAUACGCUACUCCUAUUAUUCAACAUUCACCCACGCCCGUACCCCAGCCCCAUCGUCUUCUCCGUCCGCCAUCGCGGCCGAUCAUCACCACUUCGUCUGUCGUCGUCGAUCUCCCUCUGCUGAGUUUUCCGGCUCUUUGAAAAUUGAUUCAACGAUGAGGACGAUUUCAUCAUCAGUGUUCACCAUGUUGUCUCCACCCAUUAUGCCUCAUCUUCAAAGGCAUUCGUUGUUUGGUUUCAAAGGGAGACAACCCAUCAGUACCACAAUCGAUGCCCUUUCCAACAACGGUGCCGUUUCUCGCGGCGAGGCUUUGUGUAAUGCAGUUGAAGAUGCUCACAGGCGAAGAAGCAGUCUUGAAUCGCUGUUUUGUUAUGAUAAGGCUAUACCGGAGGAGAUAAUUGAGACGCCAGUAGGUUUAUCUUUAGCAAAGAAAGUAAUUGGAGAUAACCCCAGCUGCCCUGAUUGCCAAGCCAAAGGGGCUGUCCUUUGCCGCACUUGCUCUGGUUCUGGCUUAUAUGUUGACUCUAUAUUGGAAAGCCAAGGCAUCAUUGUCAAAGUCCGAUGCUUAGGUUGUGGUGGAACUGGUAAUAUUUUGUGUUUAGAAUGCGGUGGCCGUGGUCACGUUGAUCUUAAAUGAUUUCCAAGGUCGUGGAGUUAGUGGGACGAUUAUUUCCGCAGUGGCCUAGGUCAUCUCAGCCCAUAUUGGACUUAACUGAGUUUUGAGAAAGCAUUAAGGAGUUCCAACAAUUGCAGCCCCCUUGUUGUUUGAUUUAUGCUUUCUUGCUCAAUCAGUCCACAUUUGCAGUAUUUCCCUUAUUUAACUUGUAAUUUUUCUUGUUCUUGUUUGCUUUGUAUUUAGUAUUUGGGUCUGUACUCGGUUAUUUCCUAUAUUGACUCUUUUAUAUAUC